CGAAAGGCUUGGACGUACAACCUCGGCAUACACGAUUGUGUCACUGGCAAAGGUAGCAUGUUUUUGUGGGCAGAAACUACUGCAAAAAGGGGAAGUGAAGAGAUUGCAAGCAUCCUGCUGAAAUACUUACAAGGUAUAUCUUCCACUAAAGAGCACUUGGUAGUUUUCACUGAUAACUGUGGAGGCCAGAACAAAAACUGGGUAAUCAUGUCUUUGUGGUUGUAACUUGUUCGCGAAGGAGUCUUCAAGUCCAUAGAGCACCGUUUCCUUAUUCCUGGCCACACUCACUUGCCUUCAGAUAGAGACUUUGCCAUCAUUGAGAAGCAUAAGAGGUACAUCAAGCAGGUAUACUGUCCAGAAGACUGGGUGGAUAUCGUUAAGAAAUCCAACAGAAAAAGCCCAUUUGACACAGUCUUAUUGGAACAACAUGACUUUUAUGCAUUUGAUUCCAUCUCUAUUACGAAAAAACAAUCUACCGUAGAUAAGGAGGCCGUCAAAUUUAAUGAAGUGCGCUGUUUCAAGUUUGACAGUGAACAUCCCAAUUCUAUGUUCAUAAAACAUACCCUUAACGGAGAAUUUCUUGAGGUAAAUGUGGGUAAAAGAGGAUCUCGGCUGGGAAGUCAACGAACCCUGACAGAUUUGAGAAGAAAAUACAAUGGACCUCUAGCACUGAAUGACAAGAAGAUCAAAGAUCUGAAAAAGCUUCUAAAAUAUAUCCCGCCGAUUAGUCAGCAGUUUUUUGUUGAUAUUGUAGGAACUACAAUUGAAGCAGAGCCAGGCAGUGAACAGCCGAAGGAAGGAGAAGAAGAGGCUGAAGAUAUAGAUGGCGAUGAUGAAGAAGUGAAUUUGGACUAA